AUGUCUGUCUUUGGCAUCGACUUCGGCAACCUCAACUCCACCGUGGCCAUCACGCGCUACGGUGGUGUUGACAUCGUGACAAAUGAGGUCAGCAAGCGUGAGACCACCACCAUCGUCUCCUUCCUCGAUGAGGAGCGCUUUAUUGGGGAGCAGGGCUUCGACCGCUACGUGCGCAACGCCCAGAACACCAUCUUCCUGCUGAAGCGCUUUAUCGGCAUGCGCAUCGACGACCCGGAGCUGGAAAUUGAGCGGAAGUUCUUGACAUGCAACGUGAAGGGAGACGAAGAGGGCCGCUUGAUGUUCAGCGUGAACUACUGCGAUGAGGAGAAGUGCUUCUACCCCGAGCAGGUGCUCGCGAUGAUGCUGCAGCGGCUGCGUACUUACGUGAACGAGGCGGCCACCACCGAUCCGCGUGUGCGGGCGGACGUGCGUGACUUUGUGAUUACGGUGCCGAGCUACUACACGGCGGAGCAGCGACGGCUGAUGUACCAGGCUUCCGAGGUGGCGGGUCUGCACUGCAUGUCGCUCAUCAACGAGACAACCGCCUCCGCCGUGGACUACGGCAUCUUCCGCGGCACCUCGCUGAAGGAGACGGAGGAGGAAGGGCAGGUGGUCGGCAUCCUCGACAUCGGCUACGGCGCGACGGACUUCUCUGUUUGCAAGUUCUGGCGCGGCAACUGCAAGAUCCUCGCGCGCACCUUCGAUCGGAACAACGGCACCCGCGACUGCGACUACUGCCUGUACGAGCACAUGGUGAACGAGGUGAAGGAGCGCUACAAGGUGGACGUGACGGAGAACAGGCGGGCCCGUUUGCGGCUGCUGCAGGCGUGCGAGCGGCUGAAGUACCUCCUGUCCGCCAACCAAUCAGCGCCGCUGAACGUGGAGAACUUGAUGGACGUCGACGUGAACAUCGCCUCGUUUGACCGCGCGACGAUGGAGAGCCUUUGCUCGGGAGUGCUAGACCGCGUCCGGGCGGUGAUCGAGCGCGGCUUCGUCGAGGCCGGCGUCACACGCGAGCACUUCCACUCGAUCGAGAUGAUCGGCGGCGGCUGCCGCAUUCCGAUGCUGAAGCGGCUGGUGGAGGACGUGCUGGGCCGCACGCCGAGCUUCACGCUGAACGCGUCAGAGACGACGGCGCGUGGGUGCGCCAUCGUGGCCGCGAUGCUCUCACCCAAGUUCCAGGUCCGUGAGUUCAAGAUAUCGGAGCUGCCGACGUACCCGAUUCUACUCGGCUACCACGCCGAGAACCCGCGCUCGCCCAGCGCGGUGCCUUUCCUGCCUGACGUAAAUAAGGUGGUGCGGCUGCUGGGCGCCGCCGACAGCUACCCGAAGAAGCUCGACGUGCGCUUCCCAUUCAGGGGCGCGUGGAAGCUGUACGCCUUCUACGACUACGAGAACGCCCUGGUGAAGGAGAUGGUGCUGCCCGGCCGGUACGUGAUUGGCGAGUGGGACUUUGGUGCGCCGGCGAAGGCGCGGGGCAGCGUGCAGGAGAUGAAGGUGCGCAUCCACGUGAAGCCGGAUGGCCUGCUGGAGGUGGAGAAGGCGGAGGCGAUCGACGUUUACGAGGUGGAGGUGGAGGAGCCAGCGGCGAAGUCGGCGGAGGCCCCCGCUGCCCCAGCCACUGGGGAGGCCCCGGCGGAGACGGAGAAGGCGAACGAGGAGGCGCCCAAGAUGGUCAAGAAGACGAAGGAGUCGUCGCUGCCGGUGUCGGUGAAGCCGAAUCUGGACAUCAUCGGCCACAAAAGCGAAUCCAUUGUGGGCUUCCGCAAGGCCGAGGCGGACAUGCACGAGCGGGACUGCCGCAUUGUGCGCACCCGCGAAAAGAAGAACGAGCUGGAGAGCUACAUCCUCGACUUCCGCCCCCGUAUCAGCACGGGUGGGAUGCUGGCCGACUACACACCGGCCGACGCCGCGGCUGACUUCGUGCGGCAGUGCGACGCAGACGAGCAGUGGCUUUACGAGGAUGGCGAGAACGCAAGCUACGACGAGUACGACAAGCGUGUGCAGGCUCUCCGUGCCAUCGGCGACGCCGCCAACCACCGCCUGCGCUCCCGCGAGGACGCGGAGUUCGCCUCGAAGACCUUCCGCACUCGCAUGGCCGCUGCGGCGAAGAAGGCGGUCGACUUUGUGGGCAAGAAGGAGCACGUGACGGAGGAGGAGCUGCGGGCUGUCGCGGCCAAGGCGGAGGCGGCCUGCACGUGGGCGGACAGUCAGCUGGCAGCGAUGCACGCGGCCGCGAAAACGGCUGAGACGCCCAUCACGGCCGCCGACUUUGAGCGGAAGGCGGUGGAGAUGGAGCAGGAGGUGAACAAGGUGCUGACGAAGCCGGCUCCGCCCAAGCCGAAGGAGGAGAAGAAGGAGCCAGAGACGAAGGCGGAGGAGGAUGCCGCGGCGGAGGCGGAGGAUGCCGCGGCGGAGGCGGAGGAUGCCGCGGCGGAGGCGAAGGAGGCCGCCCCAGCAAACGAGGAGACCCCUGCGCCACGUGCGGACGUGGACCUUGAUUAA